AUGCAUACUGUAUCUCAACCAGAAACAUUGUCUGGUGUAACAAGAUGGUUUUCCUUGGUCAGCGACAAAGGUGACGCCGUUGCAGCAGUGCACACGACGCUGAUGCAGUUGGUUCGAGAACGAGUUUACAAAUUUGUUUCAACUGAACCUUUUGCAGCCUACUCGGAAACGCUCGCAGGUCGAGCGCAAUAUAUCCGAGGAAUGGCACGAGCUGGUCAAGUCUACAGAUUAUUAGCUGUUUUCCAAGACGGGGCUGGUGAUUCCAGUAACGGAAAUAAUAAAGAUGGAAAAGGCCAAUAUGCACAACUUUUAGGAGACAAUCAACAGAUUAUUUACGUAUCACUGUCAACCAAAGGAAAAUUCUAUGAAACCUCAAGCAGUUUACCAGCGCCUGGAAAGCAGUCAAAUUUUGAUAAAGAUUGCGUUCAUAGACUACCAAAUAUUCUUCAGCAUUGUGAUUUACCUGUAAAUGUGAAACUGAUAUCAGGUCCGUUACCUGACUGCAUGAGUCAAGAUAGUUCAGAUAUUCUCACAUUGCAAAGUGUAUCCUCUGAACCCAUGCUCGUCACAUGUUCUCUAACUGAAAAUCCUGAAGGCAGCGAACUGCAGUACCAGCUCACCAAGACAACAGCUAGUCCGGACGUCACAGUGUCAAGGUGUAUUGUAGGACCAGACACGGAACAUCGAUUAUAUAAAUCUGCUUCCGCUCAAAACGUUUUAGCAUUCUGCCAGAACAAUUUGGAUUCAUGGUUCCGCAGAAUAGAGGUAGUUGAUGCCCCACCAGUCCCCGAAAAUGACAAAUACGAAAAUAUUUUGAACAAAAUCGAUGGGUUAAAACUCCUAAAAUCCGCGAGUUUUGCCAAAUUUUUACGCGGCGAUAACAAGCAUUCCCCGUCACACGAAAAGGAAGAUUCUAUCAUAUUUUUAAGUAAACACGAUUUAGAAUCGAUGGAAAGUGAUAACAUGAAGAAGAAGCAUUCGUCAGAUUAUAGUUUGGAUAAAAUGUCUUCAGAAAUUUCUAGCAAAAUGAAAGUUUUUGAACCUUCAAAAAGAACUAAAUGGUUCAAACAUUUCAGAAUAUUAAACACCAGCGAGCAAAAAGAUUACAGGCAAGAAAUUACUGAAAAAUAUAGAGAAUUUGUUGAUCCUUUUGAUCCUAAUGACAAAAGUAAAUCAAUAGAAAGAUAUCAAGAUAUGGCGAAAUUGAUUGAGGAACGCUUUGGCAAAAAGUUCAGCACCCAAGAUAAAACUCCGCCCGUUAAAAACGACUCACUAAAGAAAGUUUUAACAAAAAGUAUUUCAGUACAGACAAGUUGUCCUGAUAAUUCCUUAGAUUGUGCUGAGAACGAUGAGAAUAAGUCAAUUCAGCCAGAUGUAAUUCCUUUAGAAGACUUGAAUAAAAUAGAAAAAUAUGACGAAAUUUCUGAUAGAACUAAUUCUGGACCAAAAACUUCAUUUUUCACUGAAAAGUUAUGUGCAGAAUUCCACGUAAAAACGAAACAACUAAGUAAGUCGACUUCGAGUCUCAAUACUAUAUUGCACUUCAGUGUACCACAAAAAAUGAGUGUAAUAGAAUUAAGAAAAGAAUCUCAAUCAAAUGAAUCUAUCACUAAAGCAACAGUGCAUUUUCCAGAACACAAAACAAACGAGGAAGAAAUCAGUAAUAUUCAAAACAGAAAAUUGCCUGAAAUCGAUGACUUGCCUUACAGUACAGUGCGUGAUCGAUUGGAUAAUAAAAACCAAAACCAAAAAAUCUUUGAAGAAGAAAUCUGUCCAGAAGAUAAUGAGAAUAUUUACGCCGAAAUUUGCGGGGACACCAUAAACUUUGAGAACGGUCUGUUUGUUAACAAUAAUGAAAUUGACGCUAUUAUUCUUGAUACGUCUAUUGACGCAGAUCCGAUAAAUCUGAAUUCGGGUACUACUUCUUCUUCAAGUAGUGCAGGCAAAAAAAUUGUAUCAGAGAGUAGCAUCAAGAUUAAAGUCGGAUGCGAUGAAGGUUUUGUCGAUACCGAAAAUAUAACAGUCAUCGAAAGUGAUAAUUGUUAUAUGAAUGUUGUAGAAUCGAUUGAAGACACAGAAGCGUUUUACAACACAUUGAAAUAA